AUGUUGUCAUAUCCGUCACCGGUGCAGAACGGAGGACCAAACGGCACGACGACGAUGAGCUGCGCGAGUUCUCAAGGGGUGAUGGUGAAGCAAGAGGCGAGGGACGACGGUUACGAGACGAGUCCGGACCUCGAGAUGAGGAGCACCGGCGGUGACAGCAGUCAGCAGUAUCACACGCCGCUGACACCACACACGCCGCACACACCGCACACGCCGCACACGCCCCUCACGCCGAUAUCGGCGACAGCGCAUCAACCCCAGCAGCCGGGCUCGACCGCCUCCACCCUCGGACAGGUCGCGAUAAAAUGCGAGACGCCGGUGGACCCGUACUCGUUCGUGGACGAGGAGAUGUCGAUGGGCGGCAUGAGGACGGCGAGCAGUCCAGGCGGCGGCGGCGGCAAUCCCGAGAACAUGACGUGUCCGGGCGGUGCCCAACCUGGGCUGGGUACACCCACGUCGACGCCGCCCGGGGCGCUGCCCGGGCCGCAACAUCAUCAGAUGAAUCUCGUGAUGAACGGCGCCGCGAGCGUCAAUCCCCAGCUGGCGCAUCAGCCGAAGAAGCGAGGCCGCAAAAAAAAGUCGGAGAUGAUACUCACCCCCGAGGAAGCUGAGCUCGCGGAGGCCAAGAAACGCGCUAAGACGUACAAAGAGAGGAAGAAGCACGACAGGUUCGAUGGUAUGCCGGAAGAGGAAGUGAGCAAGCGUGUCCUGCCGGAUCAUCUCACCAAUAACCUUGACAUUAUUAUAAUCGGUAUCAAUCCUGGACUAUUCGCGGCUUACAAGGGGCAUCACUACGCUGGACCUGGGAAUCAUUUCUGGAAAUGUCUACACCUAAGUGGUCUCACACCCGAACCCUUGACAGCGGACGACGAUUACAAGCUUUUGCGCCUCGGCAUCGGUUUUACAAAUAUGGUAGCACGUGCGACGAAAGGCAGCGCAGAUCUCACAAGAAAAGAAAUUAAAGAAGGUAGCCACAUUCUGCUCGAGAAAUUACGAAAGUAUAAGCCAAAAAUUGCCGUGUUCAACGGCAAAUUAAUAUACGAAGUGUUCUCGGGGAAGAAGGAGUUCGGAUUCGGGAGACAGCCAAACCUGGUGGACGGCACAAAUACGUACAUGUGGGUGAUGCCUUCAAGCAGUGCGAGGUGUGCCCAGCUGCCACGGGCUGCCGACAAGGUGCCAUAUUAUGCGGCCCUGAAGAAGUUCCGCGAUUAUUUGAACGGUACGAUCCCGCAUCUGGACGAGUCGGAUAUCGUAUUCGCCGACUCGAAGCUCAAGAAGAAGGACCACGAGGCGAUCGAGGAUAAGAAGCCUGUAUUCGUCGAUGAUCUGCCCGACGGGGAGAAUCGAAUCACGGAGAUCAACGGCACGGGACUAAAGCAGGACUCGGGCUUGAUACCCGGCAAGAAGAAACGCGGCAGACCGAAGAAGAUCAAGAAUCCGGAGGAUCAGCCGCCGCCGGAUCCCGAAAAGCUGGAUGCAAACGGCGAGGUCAUCAAGAAGCGUCGCGGACGCCCGAAGAAGAUACAUCAACAGCAGAAGCAGCUGGAGCGCGAGAGCCGCGAGAGGGAACAGCAACAGCAGCAGCAGCACCAAGCGAUGGGCCACCUGAACGAUGGCUACGGUAACGUGUCCAACUGCUUCUCGCCGCCGUUGAUGUCACCUCCAAAAACGUUCCCGCAUAUGGCGCCGUAUCCGCAGCCGCCGAUGAACGAUUCCGGCUACUACGGCCCCAUGAAUGACAACAGUCCGUACAAUAUGAGCGCGAAGCAGAGCCCGGUGCAUCUUCAGCAUUACAGCCAAAGCCCGAAAUCAAUGUCGCUCUCGUUCACGCAUUCGGAUCUCUCAUCGGAGAUCAACACCGCGAUCUCGUCGGAGAACAAUUUGGAGCCGUCGCCGCUGACGUCGCCCAGCGUCGAGCAUCCGGACUUCGAGCCGCCCACCAGCAUGUCGCAGCAGAGUAUGGGCAACGACCAUCGCCAAUACAAUCCGGCCGGCGGGCCCGAUCCCGCCGCCGGUCAUCACGGCAGCCCCGGCACGCCGUCGCACAACAGCUACGCCAGCUACAUGGGCUACCAUGAGCAGACGGCGGACGCGCACAAUCAGCAUCCGCAUCAGACGACGCCGACGCCGCUCAGCCAGACCGCCGACGAGCACUCCCAUCAUUCACAUCCGACGCCGCCGCAUCCGCACACGCCCACGCACACGUCGAUGUCGCCGCACCAUCCACACGAGCAGUACGGCAUCAAGCGAACGUCCGGCCAGGACGUGGCGUCCAAGAGCCUGAGCGAUCUGGAAUCUCUGGUGGACCAGAUCCCGAGCAUAGCCGACGGAGGUAGCCAGCGUCUGCAGCACACGCAUCCGGGCAUGCCGGGUGACGACAGUCUGGCGGAAAAAAUGGAAGCCCACCAUCAGUCCUACAUGUCCGGUUUCGGCGGCAUGCCGACCGGACCCGGCGGGAUGACCAAUUACAGUCCGCCGUUACCGCCGGGCGGAGGAAUCUAUCCCAGUUCCCUGCAUCACUCGCCCAGCGACGCCAAUUACGGCGGUCUGUACGCUAUGAACGGCCGUCAUCAUCAGGUCCAGCAGCAGCAGCAGCAGCAGCAACAGCAGCAGCAGCAGCAGCAACAGCAGCAGCAGCAACAGCAGCAGCAGCAGCAGCACAGCAAGUCCUACACGGUGGAAAACCUCGCGUCCAGCAAUUACACGCCCAGCAUGAACCACGGCCACCCCGGCAACUCGUACCCGAAUAUCAUACCCGGGCCGCACUACCCGGUGCCGAUGGGCUCGACCAACGGCUACCUGCUCAGCGGCCUCGAGUCCAGCCUGAUGCAGCGCACGUACGGGAUCAGCGGUAUGAGCGGCAUGGGCGGCAUGCACCCGUCGGCCGCCUUGGGCCACCCGAUGGCCGCGAACCCGUACCCGUACAACGGCUCGUACUCGAGCUCGUUCGACGCUUACCCGGCGCCACCACCAGCGGGUAUACACGCGCCCAGCGCCAAUUAUCCCGGCUACGUCAGCACGGCGGGCGCGGCGCCCACCACCACCACGCCGCCGUCCUACCUCGCACCGUCGCACCACAGACCACCGGUCGAUCUCUCCUACGACGGUGUAUGAUAAUCGAUGCGAAACAAUCACGCCGUUCCUCACGACCAUCCUCCUACGCCAGCCUCCUCUCCCUGCCGAUCGCCUCCUGUGCGCGCGCGCGCGCGAGCGACCGCAACGUUUAUCUUUUCUACGUAUUUUUACACACGUCUCUUAAGGCUCUCGAUGUCGGGAGCACUGUCGCGCGUCGUCUCCCCGAAUCGUCGUAUCACUCCCAUGAACUGUCUACGCUACUUUGCGCGCGCUCUUUCACUCUCCGUCGACUUUUGUUUAUUGUUUAUCAGCGUUUCGUUUAUCCUAUUAUCUUUUGUUGUGCUCGGUUCGACAUAAAAAUUAUCUCACAACUGACGCAAAAGAAAUGACGGUGAAAUUUCCCCGCAAAAUUUGAAAGCCAAUUUUUUUAUUCCAAGCAUCGAAGCUCUAAUAAGACAAUGAACUACUUCUGUCAAUCAUUGCGCACAUUAUGAUAUGUAGGCACGAUGAUUUGGAAAUAGAAUAUGAAAUUUAAUUGCCAAGUUAUUGGAUAUUGAAAUUUGACUCAGAUUCUGAUGAUCUCCUCUGAAAGGCACAAAACUGUCUAUACAUUUUGUAUCAAUUCUGGGACACCCUGCCGGUCUUAUGUUUCCAUAUCCCUCACUGCAUCCCGCUUCUACAUCGUCACCGCGUCUCUCGCGCUCUUUUUUCAUUUUUAUCUCGCUCUCGAUAUGCGAUUACGCCGUGAGUAAUUACGGGCGCGCGGCUCGGGAACGGGAAACCGCUCAUGAAACGCGACCAUGACGCACGCAACGAAUGAGAAACGUAUAAGCCACCGCUAGAUUAGCUUCGCCGAUCGCGUUCUGCACCGAUCCGACCGUUAAAAUACACACACGCGGGCAUACUGCACACUGAUAACCGUGACGAUAAAUGGCGACCUUAACGCCGAGCAAAUCGCGAUUACGAAUUCGGCCGACGUAGCCGAGGUCAUCCAGCCGUGUAAUUGCGCUGUCCCAUUUUUCCCUAUCGAUCAGCUGACAUCGAUCAUCGCCGAUUGCUACAGGCGUACCUACGAGCUUUACCACCGAAACCGAAUUUCCGACAUUUAUGUGCUUCGAAGGACAUAUCCAAUUGCAAAUGGUACAAAAAGCAACGAGUGCAUAGAUAUCGCGCGUUCUGAACCAAUUUGUAAUUGUAACGUCACCUUCGACAAAGCCGAUAAGAAGCAGCACACAGAAUUCCCCCCUGUGGAAUAAAACAAUCUGAAAAAAGUUUCGGGUAUGAAAACGGACAUGAUUUCGAAGAGUUCAAAUUUCGAUGCCAUAAAUGCGAAAUGAUCUCCGUGUUUCUUGAUUGAUUGAUUGAUUAAACAUUUAUAUAGGACACGGAGUGCACGAUAUAAGCAUCAAUCAAAUUUAUUGAUUGGCGAUGACAAAAUUAUUUUCAUUAUUUAUUCAUCAUUUAUUGAUAUCAAUUGAUAGAAAACAAUUGAUAAAAAUGCGAUAAAUAAUGCUAAAUAAUCUUUCCGCAUUUAUAGCAUUCGCAGAAGCACACAACUCACCGAAAUUAUACCGAUUUCUUUCCUGCAAGGAAAACACCACAUUAUAUACGAAUGAAAUGACAGCACCGUUCACUUACAUGCCUGUAUGUUUGUGUAUCGCACUGCGAUUUAUAAUUAUUGUUGGUUUGUAUUGUUGUUAUUACUGUAUUACUAUUUGAUUAAUUAAACGCGCUAGCCGUGACACGUUUUUUUAUAUUGUCGGAAUAAUCGUCUCGAUAUCUUUCGCCAAUUCAAUCUAACGUGAUAACGCGCGUAAUAUUACUUUUUAAAAGAAAUAUUCGUCAAAUCUUUCAACUAUUGAAUUCUUAAUGUCGAAAGAACCGAAAAUUUCUGACAAAUUAGUUAAUUUAGUUAAAUUUUUAUCUUUUAUAACUUACAUAUAAUAUUAGAGGUAAGGAGAAAUUGUGACAAAGAUUCCGCAAUAUUUGUCACUUUUUGUUGGUUGAUUUUUCAACUUCUCUUCAAGACGUUAAUUAUACAAAUUAUUUUGAAUGAACUAAUAAGUAUCUUAAAUGAGUGGUAUCACAUGGAAAAGACAGAUAUGUAUCCUCGGAUACAAUGCAUCUGAAUACACGACACAACAAUAUUGAAUCACGUCUUUGUUGAUGUAGUACGAAGCAACAGUCUCACUUGAUGAGCAAUCAUUCUCACUUGGAUCGCGUACUGAACCGAGCUUAAUCGAGCUAAAAGUUUCGCACUCGCGAAGUACUUUGUGAAUAAGUUUCGUUCAGUUGUGUGUGCCGUAAUGAGAUAUUAUUGCCGACACAAUUAAUCCAAAUAUGUAGAAGCGAUAUAGGAAAUACGUGGAAAAUCAUGGACAACCGAAUCGUGAAUUAGCCCGAGAGUAAAAUUACGUGUUUACAUGUACUCUCGCGUUUCUACGAAUCCGUGUACGUCAUGUAGCGGUGACAUAAGCCAAGAACGCGAUCACCGAUCAAUUGCCUAUAUAUUAUUGUGCUCGAAGUAACAUCGGUUAUCUUUAACGCGAGAAUCUGCAUUUGCGUUGACUUUUUAUCCGAGCGAUCGGAUGUUUUUAUUCCGCCGAAUAAAACAUACCCUACUUGGUUAUUUCGUUUCAUUUUGUUUCUUGCCGCAUGUUAGUGUUCUAAUUUAAAUAUUCUUUUAUCCGAAAACUCUUAUUGAAUAAUCAUUUCAAUGAAAAUCGCAUUUCCUUAUCGCUGGUGGAAAAUGAAUUGUAGAAAAUAUCAUCAAACUGCGAGUCGUGCGCCGUUAUUGCGCUCGCCGCUUUUAUGAGUUUUCGUGAGCUUUUUUAACAGAGUAAAUAUUAAUCGUUAUCGUCAUUGUAUCGUUAAGAUUACUGCACAUAGUAAGAGGAAAGCUUAAGCCCGGUUGCGCUGGUAUUUUUUUAAUUGUGGUAUAGUCGCUUUCAUCAAUAUUGAUCAAAUUUAGCCGUCGUUUAAUCUUUAUCUGGACAAGUUUCCAAACGCAUUUUUGAAAAAAGUAUUUACGUUAUAUAUUAAUGAAAAUAUCUUGUGACAAAAAGUAUAUUAAUUUCUUUUUAAAAUAGAUAUAAUUAUAUAUGUAUAUAUAACUAUAUGAACAUUCUACACAAAAAACUGAUUUGUAUAUAUUAUUUAUUUAGCAAUGCUAAUUCAAAUGUGUAUUAAUUUUUCAAAAUCUUUAAAUAAUUGUAUAGCUCUUCGUAUUAAAAUUCAAAGGAGACAAAGAAUCGAUUAAAGUAAGGUUAAUAUUAAUCAAUGUUAAUAGAACUGGCUCUGUAAUGCGGGACAAAAGCCGCCAAUAAUCGACCAAAUUAUCAUUCAAAAUGUAGAAAUCUAAGUAAGAUCGCCUGCGCAACUGGAUGCCGAGCUUGUUUAAUGUAAGAUGUAAGUCCUAACGAGAGGCAGAUAGAAGGAAGAGACUACUGCUCUUAACUCUUUGUUUAUCACACCGCCAUCCACUUUCGUACCUCGCGCCCGCAACAGCCGUCGCCGUUCUCGUUGCAACUCUGAUUAUUAUUUAUCGUUAGAACUCGAUAUCGCUGUGGAGUUACAUACGUUACUGUCGUUAUUAACAUAGUCGCGUUACGUUGUCUCGUUAAUUAUAUUCUGUUAUGCGUUUCGCAUUGCCGAAAGUCACUAUAUAUUAAUACACGAUUAUGAAAAAAAAAAAACAGAUAGACAUGCAUAUGUACACACACCCCCCCACACACACACACACACAUAAGUACACACAACCACACACCCAUACACACAUCUAUACAUUCUAUCUACAUGUACACGCAGUCGUAUUAGAUAUUAUAACUGGCAUUAAUCGACAUUCUCCUUUGUCGCUGACCGACGCUGUAAAGUGACGCAUCUGACAUGAUUAUAAAUAUACAGAUAUAAAUAUAUAAAUAUAUAAAUAUAUAUAGAUAUUAUAAAUAAACUAUAAAUAUUAUAUAUUGACUAUAUGGAUAAGGAUUAAGCGAGCAACAUUUAUCUCGGGUAAAAACCACCUAGGAUGUGUCGAGACAUUUAAGAUGAUGCACAGGGUAUAGAUGAGAAUCGUUGAUAUAAUAACUGAUGUCUAUAUUAUUAUAGAUGUUUCUUUCGUUCCGUCAUCGGCCUCAAACACACAUACACAAACACACGCGAGUACACGCGAUCGAAGUUAUGUAGUAGAUGUUUUUCAAGGAAUCUAAUCCGACUCCGGGCGGCGGCCAAGAAUAAUAGAUGUCAUCGGUGUGUUAGUCGCGCAACCAACGUUUUCAUCGAUUCGCAAUGAAAAAAGAAGGAUUUUAUAUAUAUAUAUAUACAUAUAUAUAUAUGUAUAUAUAUGUGUAUAUAUAUAUAUAUAUAUAUAAUCCCGUGCCGGUCGAUGCGACCGGCGAAUCCGCCAUCGCACUACUAAUUAAUUGACUCUUCGAUUAAUCAAAUCAACUAACUGAUUGUAAAUUGAUCGCUAUUAAGGAACUUUACUAUUAAGUAUAAAUAUAUAUUAUACAGAUAUAAAAGUGGAUUUUCGCUGUUGAACGUGUCGAAUAAACAAAGAAAAAAAAAAGAAAGAACAAAAAUCCAAGAGUAAGUAAGCGAGUAAGAGAGCUUGGGCCGGAUCGCCGGCCUCCGACAUAUUUUUUAAUCGCUUCGAACCUCUAUUAUUCUACCUACUAAUUAAACGUAAUGGUGUAUCUACGUGUGCGCCUGAGCGAUCGGCCGGUCCGCGUCGUCGGCGUCGCACGACCGCCGGUCGUCGCCGUGUCGUCGAUCGGAUCGCGAUCGCUCGGGCUAUCGAGAUGUGUUCUGUAUCGAAUUAACGAAUGUACUUCUCGAAUAUUCAUCGCUCCUACGAAUAUCGCGGGAUAGGGAAGGGUGACGGAUGCUCGACACCAUACUUUGAAAAUUUUUCUGCUCCUUGCCGCCCGAAUCCUAAAUGAAGCCCACGCAGAUCUCCAAUGGACGUUGUAUUGGGUGCUCAGUGGAUACCCGAGUAUCCCGCAAUAUGUAAAUCUCUGUAUGUCUCUGCCCGUAUUACCGCUACGAUAUUUUAUGUGAAAAUGAAUUGUUACAAAUACAUUACUGAUAUAACACCGAAA